CAAAACCUUUAAAUUGUCAUUAACCAAACAUCCUCUUCCUGCCUUUCUGGCUUCCUAGUCUUAGCCAUUUUCUAUUGUUGCCUGGUUGGACGGCAAAACCCUCAAAUUUCAUAUACCACCAAUACCAUGAUUCACGAACUCAAGAAGGCAUGAACCAUAGGUUCAAAGUGGACUUCUUGUUUCAAAUCUGGUCAUGGCUGUUCAUAGAAGGAUUGUGGACCCACCAAGAAGGCAUGAACCAUAGGUUCAAAGUGGACUUCUUGUUUCAAAUCUGGUCAUGGCUGUUCAUAGAAGGAUUGUGGACCCACCAAGAAGGCAUGAACCACCCCCAAAUCAAACUGAUAGAUCAUGGAAGAAGACGUACAGUUAAGAGCCAGUACCAAAUAUGGGGGACAAAACUUGGACUCUCUCUACAUUCAGAGGACACGAAGAUUUUCCAUAUAUUCUAAAGAUAUGUUUAUUGUGCCAAUUUUAGGGGGUUUUGACAUAUUAACUAAAAUGGCAUCAUCUAGGGGAGGAGAGGUUGCUGAUGAGGUUAAUGAGAAGAUAUAUAUUGCAGUGAGCAAAGAUUGGAAAGCUUGUAAGUCGGCUCUAGAAUGGGUUGUUCGAAACUCGAAAGGAAAGGGAUUAUGUUUAGUUCAUGUUCAUCAGCCAGCACAAUUUAUUUCUAUAUUGGGUGGGAGAUUCCCGAUAAGCUCACUGUCAGAACAAGAAGUAAUGGCACAUCGAGAGCAAGAAAGACAAGAUAUGUGCAAAAUUUUAGACGAAUAUCUUCUCAUUUGUACUAAAGCUCAGGUUAAAGUAGAGAAACUGUAUAUUGAAAUGAAAACUGUAGAAAGCGGACUGGUGGAGCUUAUAUCUCAGUACAAGAUCGAGAGACUUGUCAUGGGAGCAGCAGCUGACAGGAGUUAUUCAAGGUGCGGUAUUUUCACGUUAGUGGCACUGCCAUCUCACAAAUCACUAUAUUGUGAUAUCAGAAAAAUGAUGAAACCAAAAUCCAAGAAGGCCAAAUAUGUCCGCCAAUAUGCACCUACUUUUUGCCACAUUUGGUUCAUCUGCAAAGGGCAUCUAAUCUAUACAAGGGAGGGUACUAAACAGUCACGUCUAAAUGAUGAAGAUCAGAAAAGGCAGGCAAGUUCCAAGGCAAGAUUGAGUCAACUUACCAGUGAUAUGUCCAAUUCCCUCAGCAGAGCGGAAUCUGAAGGGAGUUUUAGUAGAUCAUCGACAUUUAGUCUUUCUCAGAUAUCUGUGUUUUCCCGGUCUUCUGAAGCUGCCACUGACUCUACUUUCUAUCAUUCGGGAACAGAAGAUAGAGAGCUCUCAUUUCGGUCUCUGGUUCUUUCUCCUAAACCCGAGGGAGGAAAGCAACAUCAGUCACCUUCUCCAAACACAGUGCAGGAAGGGAACACAGAUGAUCGCCUUUAUGACCAACUUGAUCAAGCCAUAGCAGAGGCUGAAGCUGCAAAGCUGGAGGCAUUUCAAGAGUCAAUGAGGCGGCGUAGAGCAGAGAAAGAUGCAAUUGAAGCAAUUCGCACGGCAAAUGCUGCAGAUAGUUUGUACUAUGAGGAGUUGAGAAGAAGACAGGAACUUGAAGAUGAACUGGCUAAGACUAAAGAAAUACUUGAAAGUACAAAAAUGGAGCGCGACAUGGCCUUAGAUGAACUCCGGGUUGCAGUGGAUCAGAAAUUGUUACUGAAGAAUCGAGCUGAGAAAUCUGAUAUGAUGGGGGAAGAGUUGGAAGAUAAUUUAAUUUCUGCUUUGGAGUUGUUACAAAGCAUCAAGAAAGAAAGAGUGAGAAACCCAGAAUUUGAUGCAUCUUCAGAAAUGGGAUCAAGCAGAGAAGUAGUAGAGGAAGCUAGAAAAGGGAUGGUGGUUGAAAACAAGGUGUUUGUGGCAGUGAGCAAGGUGCUGAAGGAAAGUAAAUCUACACUUUCAUGGGCUUUGCAGAAUUCAAAUGGAAAGAAGAUUUGCAUAAUUUAUGUUCAUGUUCCUGCCAAAAUGAUUCCCAUGCCAAUGGGUGGGAAAUUUCCAGCUAGUCAAGUGGGAGAAAAGGAACUCAACGCAUUUCGAGAGCAGGAAGAUAAAGAAAUGCAUAAAAUUCUAGAUGGUUAUCUUCAAUGUUGUGCUCAAGUUGGGGCACAUGCUGAGAAAAUACAUAUUGAAAUGCAUUCCAUAGAGGAGGGAAUUGUGGAAAUCAUAACUCAACAAAGGAUAGGAAGACUCGUCAUGGGUGCAGCAGCAGAUAGUAGAUUUUCAAGGAAAAUGGUGGAACCUAAGUCAAUUAAGGCCAACUAUGUGCGCCAACAUGCGCCUGAUUUCUGUCACAUCAGGUUUAUAUGCAGAGGUCGUCUAAUCUGUGUAAGGGAAGGCUUGAGGCAACCAAGUUCGGAUAUUGAAGGGAGAUCAUCGAACUCCUUAGAGAGUGAUCAAAUUGAUGCAGGCAUUCUAAGUCAAGUUUUAGAUUCUAUAAGAAUUUCAGAUUUUGGUGGAUCUGAAGGGAGUUCUGAUAGAUUUGAUCAAUCAUCACGAGCCAGUUUUUCACAAUCCUCAAUCCUUUCACUAGAAGCUCAAUCAGCCUUUAGUUCACCUUGUUCAUCAUUCUCAAGAGAAGGAGUCCGAGAAUCUGAUCUGGAGUUGUUGGUUCUACCUGAAACAAAGAUUAAGCAUCAGGAAUCAUCACCUCCAAGUGUAUUGCAGGAAAGAAGUAUGAAUGAUGAUCUCUAUGAUCAGCUUGUGCAAGCAAUGGAAGAGGCUGACAAUUCAAAGAGAGAAGCUUUCGAAGAAUCAAUGAGGCGUCGGAAAGCUGAGAAAGAGGCUAUGGAAGCAAUUCGCAAGGCAAAAACUGCUGAAAGAUUGUAUUUCGAGGAAGUCAGACGAAGGAAAGACCAAGAAGAAGAGCUGGCUAAGCGGAAGGAGGAACUUGAAUUCACAAAGUGCCAGUUAAAAAAGGUCUUGCAGGAACUCCAGAAGGCAUCGGAUCAGAGGUUGUCGCUUGAAACCCAAUAUGAGAAAUCCAAGCUUACAGAGAAGGAGAUGGAGGAGAAGAUGUUUUCCGCAGUGGACUUGUUACAAAAGUAUAAGAAUGAACGCGAAGAAUUGCAAGUCGAAAGAGAUCGUGCUCUCCAAGAAGCUGAAGUUUUGAGGAAACAAUUUCCUCAGGGAACAUCAAGCUCACAUGUUCCUUUUUUCUUCUCUGAAUUCUCUUUUUCAGAUCUGGAGAAAGCUACUGACUCCUUUCACCCAUCCCUGAAAAUUGGGGAAGGAGGAUAUGGGAGCAUAUAUAAAGGUUUUCUACGUCAAACUCAAGUGGCAGUUAAGGUGCUCAAUCCUAACAGCAGGCAGGGUCCUCGAGAGUUUGGACAAGAGGUGGAUGUUUUAAGUAAGCUGCGGCAUCCAAACCUAGUGACUCUCAUUGGUGCAUGUCCAGAAUCUUGGGCUCUUGUGUAUGAGUAUCUUUCCGGUGGAAGCCUUGAGGAUCGACUCGUUUGCAAGGACAACACUCCUCCACUAGCAUGGCAAACAAGAAUCCAAAUAGCCACGGAGUUAUGCGCUGUUCUCAUCUUCCUCCAUUCAAGCCGUCCCACCAGUAUUAUACAUGGAGAUAUAAAGCCUUCAAAUAUACUUCUAGAUGACAAUUUUGUGUGCAAACUCGCCGAUUUUGGUAUAUGUCGUGUAAUUUCACAUAGUAAAACCUCACUGGAAGAAACUACAAGGUGCUGUACCACUGAACCAAAGGGCACUUUCACAUAUAUGGACCCUGAAUUUCUUACAACUGGAGAACUUACCCCAAAGUCUGACAUUUAUUCUUUUGGGAUUAUAUUGUUGCGCUUAUUGACUGGUAGACCAGCCAUGGGUAUAACAAAGGAAGUCGAAUAUGCUUUGGGUAACGGUAACCUCAAUUGCUUAUUAGAUCCUUCAGCUGGAGAUUGGCCUUUUGUCAAGGCUGAGCAGUUAGCUCGCAUGGCUUUGAGGUGUUGUGACAUGAACGGAAGGAAUCGACCUGACCUUGAAUCUGAUAUAUGGAGGGUUCUAGAACCUAUGAAAGCUUCAUCUAGAAGCUUAUCUAUGCUUGGACCGACUUCUGAUGAUCAAGCACCUCAUUAUUUCAUAUGCCCCAUUUUCCAGGAAUUAAUGGAGGAUCCACAGAUUGCUUCAGACGGUUUUACUUAUGAAGCAGAAGCUAUCAGAGGGUGGCUAGAUAGUGGUCAUGAUACUUCACCUAUGACUGAUGCGAAACUUGCAAACCAUGAUUUUAUUCCUAAUCAUGCUCUUCGGUCUGCUAUUCAAGAGUGGAUACAACAUUGAUCCAGUGUGUAAGACUCCGUUUGGUAGGGCGUAAAACGUUUUCAUUGUAAAAUGAUUUUCCAUGGAAAACAUUUUUCAGGGAAAACACAAUUCCAAACUAGUUUUCUUUUGUUUGGUACCUUAAAGGAAAAUGGGAGAAGAUUGUGAAGAUUGAGGGGAAGAAAGGAGAGGGAGGUAAGGAGGAAAGAAUGAAAAGUGGUUUCUCUCCCUUUUAAAUGGAAAAGGGUUUUCCACCUUUGAGGAGUCAUGGAAAAUUGUUUUUCAUCCUUAUCCAACCAAACAACAUAACAUGAUUGAAAAUGGGAAAAUCGUUUUCCAAGAAAAUGUUUUAUGCCCUACCAAACAGAGCCUAAAUCCUUUCGGUUAGUACAAGCAUUUAGAGAAAACCUCACAUAUUUCUAGUUCUCAUUAGGUUCCCUAUUUACUCGGAACUUUCAGCUCUGGAUUAUGUUUGAUUUAGAUUAUUUGUAUAGGAUUUAACGAUAUAUGUCUAGGUUUUAAUUGGUGUAGAUAGCUAAAAGUCUCUGCUGUAUUGCACCACUUCAGGUUUAUAGAAUCAUGCUUCUUUGUUCCCCUAGGUCA